AUGUCAGGUUCAAAUUCGAAUUCAAAUCUAGAUGCAAUAAGUGAUUCAUGCCCAUUUUGGCGCUAUGAUGAUAUUACAGAGUGUGGAAGAGUGCAGUAUAUCAAUUACUACCUUCCAAUAACAUUGGUAGGCGUUUCUCUCUUGUAUUUAUUCAAAAACGCGAUCCAACAUUAUUACAGAAAGCCUCAAGAAAUUAAGCCUAGUGUUGCUUCCGAAUUAUUGGGCUCAAAUCUCACAGACCUUCCGAAUGAAAACAAGCCUUUACUAUCGGAGAGUACACAAGCAUUAUACACUAAUCCGGAUUCGAAUAAGACAGGAUUCUCUCUAAAAGAGGAGCAUUUCUCUAUAAAUAAAGUUACACUUACGGAAAUUCAUUCCAAUAAGCAUGACGCUGUGAAGAUCGUAAGGAGAAACUGGCUUGAAAAAUUAAGAGUGUUCUUAGAAUGGGUUCUAUGCGCCUUACAACUUUGCAUCUACAUUUCAGUCUGGUCGAAAUACACUAAUACCCAAGAGGAUUUCCCAAUGCACGCAUCUAUCUCAGGUCUAAUGUUAUGGUCUCUACUCUUGUUAGUAGUGUCAUUGAGGUUGGCAAACAUCAACCAGAAUAUAAGCUGGAUCAAUUCAGGACCGGGAAACUUAUGGGCCCUUUCAUUUGCAUGUUAUCUAUCACUAUUCUGCGGAUCCGUUUUGCCAUUGAGAUCUAUCUAUAUCGGUCAUAUCACAGAUGAAAUUGCAUCAACAUUUUAUAAGUUGCAAUUUUACCUAAGUUUGACACUAUUCUUGUUACUUUUCACCUCUCAAGCGGGAAAUCGGUUUGCCAUUAUCUAUAAAAGUACACCAGAUAUAACACCGUCUCCUGAACCUAUUGUGUCGAUUGCAAGUUAUAUCACUUGGGCAUGGGUAGAUAAAUUUCUUUGGAAAGCGCAUCAAAAUUAUAUCGAAAUGAAAGAUGUUUGGGGUCUAAUGGUGGAAGACUAUUCCAUUCUCGUAAUAAAGAGAUUCAAUCAUUUUGUUCAGAAUAAAACCAAGUCUAGGACAUUUUCAUUUAACUUAAUCCACUUUUUCAUGAAAUUUAUCGCCAUUCAAGGUGCCUGGGCAACAAUUUCGUCAGUUAUUAGUUUUGUUCCAACAAUGUUGCUCAGACGUAUUUUGGAGUAUGUUGAAGAUCAAUCAACUGCUCCAUUAAAUUUGGCUUGGAUGUAUAUUUUUCUUAUGUUCCUUGCCAGAAUUUUAACUGCCAUAUGUGCUGCUCAGGCGCUAUUUUUAGGGAGAAGGGUUUGUAUCAGAAUGAAGGCUAUCAUAAUUUCUGAAAUCUACUCCAAGGCUUUGAGAAGAAAAAUUUCUCCAAAUUCCACUAAGGAGCCAACUGAUGUCGUUGAUCCACAGGAAUUAAAUGACAAACAACACGUUGAUGGAGAUGAAGAAUCAGCAACCACUGCAAAUCUUGGUGCUAUCAUUAAUUUGAUGGCGGUGGAUGCUUUCAAAGUAUCCGAAAUAUGUGCGUAUUUGCACUCCUUUAUAGAGGCGAUCAUCAUGACCAUUGUUGCAUUAUUCCUUUUAUAUCGGUUAAUAGGCUGGUCUGCUUUAGUUGGUAGUGCAAUGAUUAUUUGCUUCUUACCAUUGAACUUCAAACUUGCCAGCUUGUUAGGGACACUCCAAAAGAAAUCCUUGGCAAUCACAGAUAAAAGAAUUCAGAAACUAAACGAAGCUUUCCAGGCCAUUCGUAUUAUCAAAUUCUUCUCUUGGGAAGAGAAUUUUGAAAAGGACAUACAAAACACAAGGGAUGAAGAAUUAAAUAUGCUUUUAAAAAGGUCUAUCGUUUGGGCUCUUUCUUCUCUUGUUUGGUUCAUUACCCCCUCUAUUGUCACAUCCGCUUCUUUUGCAGUCUAUAUUUAUGUGCAAGGCCAAACUUUAACUACUCCGGUAGCAUUUACUGCACUAUCUCUAUUUGCUCUACUAAGAAAUCCGUUAGACAUGCUUUCUGAUAUGUUGUCUUUUGUUAUUCAAUCCAAGGUCUCUUUGGAUAGAGUCCAAGAAUUUUUAAAUGAAGAGGAGACGAAAAAGUAUGAGCAAUUAACCGUAUCAAGAAAUAAACUUGGGUUGCAAAACGCUACUUUUACAUGGGAUAAAAAUAAUCAAGAUUUCAAGUUAAAAAACCUAACUAUUGAUUUCAAAAUUGGGAAAUUAAACGUUAUUGUAGGUCCAACUGGAUCUGGUAAAACAUCAUUGUUAAUGGGAUUAUUGGGUGAAAUGGAGCUAUUGAACGGAAAAGUUUUCGUCCCUUCGCUCAAUCCUAGGGAAGAGUUGGUUGUAGAGGCCGAUGGAAUGACUAAUUCAAUCGCGUACUGCUCCCAAGCUGCCUGGUUGCUAAAUGAUACUGUCAGGAACAAUAUUCUAUUCAAUGCGCCUUAUAAUGAGAAUAGAUAUAAUGCCGUCAUCUCUGCGUGUGGUUUGAAACGCGACUUCGAGAUCUUAAGCGCUGGUGAUCAGACAGAGAUUGGCGAAAAGGGUAUAACACUUUCUGGUGGUCAAAAACAAAGAGUCUCGUUGGCCAGAUCAUUGUAUUCUUCAUCAAGACAUUUGCUGUUAGAUGAUUGUUUGAGUGCCGUAGACUCGCACACGGCCUUAUGGAUCUACGAAAAUUGUAUAACAGGCCCAUUAAUGGAAGGAAGAACAUGUGUAUUGGUUUCUCACAAUGUUGCAUUAACUUUAAAAAAUGCAGAUUGGGUUAUCAUUAUGGAAAAUGGUAGAGUAAAAGAACAAGGCGAACCAGUAGAAUUGCUACAGAAGGGGUCCCUUGGGGAUGACUCCAUGGUGAAAUCAUCAAUUUUGUCCCGUACGGCGUCCUCAGUUAAUAUUUCAGAAACUAACAGUAAGAUUUCUAGUGGUCCGAAGGCUCCAGCGGAAUCGGAUAAUGCCAAUGAGGAGUCCACCACCUGUGGAGAUCGUUCAAAGUCAAGCGGCAAGCUAAUCGCUGAAGAAACAAAAUCAAACGGUGUUGUUUCCCUGGACGUCUAUAAGUGGUAUGCCGUGUUUUUCGGUGGAUGGAAGAUGAUAUCAUUUUUGUGUUUCAUUUUCUUGUUUGCCCAAAUGAUCAGUAUUUCACAGGCCUGGUGGUUGCGUGCUUGGGCCUCCAACAACACUCUAAAAGUUUUCUCCAACCUUGGAUUGCAAACAAUGAGGCCAUUCGCUUUGUCCUUACAAGGAAAAGAAGCUUCUCCUGUGACUCUUAGUGCUGUUUUCCCAAAUGGCAGUCUAACAACAGCCACGGAACCAAAUCACUCGAACGCGUAUUAUCUAUCAAUAUAUUUGGGUAUUGGUGUAUUCCAGGCUUUAUGUUCAUCUUCGAAAGCAAUUAUAAACUUUGUGGCCGGUAUUAGAGCUUCCAGGAAAAUAUUCAAUUUAUUGUUGAAAAAUGUGUUAUACGCCAAGCUGAGAUUUUUUGAUUCUACUCCAAUAGGAAGAAUAAUGAACAGAUUUUCUAAAGACAUCGAAUCAAUAGAUCAAGAAUUGACUCCUUAUAUGGAAGGUGCAUUUGGUUCCUUAAUACAAUGUGUUUCCACAAUUAUCGUCAUUGCAUACAUUACUCCCCAAUUUUUGAUUGUCGCGGCGAUUGUCAUGUUAUUGUUUUAUUUUGUUGCCUACUUUUACAUGUCAGGAGCAAGAGAAUUAAAGCGUCUUGAAUCGAUGUCACGCUCUCCUAUUCAUCAGCACUUCUCUGAGACUCUUGUGGGUAUCACGACUAUUCGAGCAUUUUCUGACGAGCGGCGUUUUCUGGUUGAUAAUAUGAAGAAAAUUGAUGAUAAUAAUAGGCCUUUCUUUUACUUAUGGGUCUGUAAUAGAUGGCUAUCUUACAGAAUCGAGCUGAUAGGCGCCCUUAUUGUUUUGGCUGCAGGUAGUUUCAUCUUAUUGAACAUAAAAUCGAUCGAUUCUGGUUUGGCCGGUAUUUCAUUGGGUUUCGCUAUACAAUUUACCGAUGGUGCCCUUUGGGUUGUUAGGUUAUAUUCCAACGUUGAAAUGAAUAUGAAUUCCGUCGAAAGGUUAAAAGAGUACACCACCAUCGAGCAAGAACCUUCUAACGUUGGUGCCUUGGUACCUCCUUGCGAAUGGCCACAAAAUGGUAAAAUCGAAGUCAAGGAUUUAUCUUUACGCUAUGCAGCUGGUCUACCAAAGGUUAUAAAAAAUGUCACAUUCACCGUCGAUUCAAAGUGUAAAGUAGGUAUUGUUGGCAGGACUGGUGCUGGUAAAUCUACUAUUAUCACAGCCCUUUUCAGAUUCUUAGACCCUGAAACUGGUUAUAUCAAAAUCGAUGACGUUGAUAUAACAACCAUUGGUUUAAAACGUUUGCGCCAAUCUAUCACUAUUAUUCCACAGGACCCAACCCUUUUCACCGGUACUUUGAAAACCAAUCUCGAUCCAUACAACGAAUAUUCGGAAGCUGAAAUUUUCGAAGCUCUAAAACGUGUCAACCUUGUUUCCUCAGAAGAACUUGGUAAUCCUUCUACUUCGGAUUCAACCUCGGUACAUUCAGCAAAUAUGAAUAAGUUUUUGGAUUUGGAAAAUGAAGUCAGUGAAGGUGGUUCCAACCUCUCACAAGGACAACGUCAAUUGAUAUGUUUGGCCCGUUCAUUAUUGCGGUGUCCAAAGGUAAUUCUACUUGAUGAAGCCACAGCUUCAAUCGAUUAUAACUCAGACUCUAAAAUCCAGGCUACUAUAAGGGAAGAAUUCAGUAAUAGUACCAUUCUCACGAUUGCUCAUCGUUUACGAUCAAUUAUUGAUUAUGAUAAAAUACUUGUUAUGGAUGCUGGGGAGGUUAAAGAAUAUGAUCAUCCUUACUCCUUAUUGUUGAAUCGUGAUAGUAUAUUCUAUCAUAUGUGUGAAGAUAGUGGAGAAUUAGAAGUCUUGAUACAAUUAGCCAAAGAAUCAUUUGUCAAAAAGCUCAAUGCAAAUUGA